AUGUCUUACUGGUACCUCCCUGUUAUGGCCUUCUGGAUCGAACCUGAACUCUGCACUUUAUCUCUUUUUUCCCAGCCGCAUCCAUUAUCCUUCGCUGGCUCGGUGGGCACUAGUCGGUACUUGGGAAUAAACCGUCGAAUGCGAGGAGGAGUUGAAGACAACUUUGCUUCAUCGAAAGGUAUGAAGAGCAGGAGGGUGUGGCCUUUAGUAUGA